AUGGGAGAUCCGAGGGAAUGGGGUGAGUGGGAGAGCGAAUUAAUCGAGAAACUGCUGAACCGCGGCUUGCUGUUGGACGUCAACACAACCAGCCAGGCCGGGGGCAGGGUGGAGUUUGAGCAUGUGUGGGACAAGGCCACGGAAGCCCAGCCUCUGUGCUUCGAAAACGUGGUGCUGCCGGGGAAUCUCGCUGCCAUUCUGUACCCCGGAGGGCAGGAGGUGCAGGCGGCGUUUCUGGAGAGGAUUGACCGGUGGCUGGGGAAAGGGGGCGUGGGACGGAAGGUGGAAGGGGAGGAGGGAGAGGAGGGAGGGAGAGGGGUGGGUGGAGGGGAGGGAGAGCAGGCGAAGGGAGGGCAGGGGGAGGAGGAAAAAGGAGAGGUGCAGCGGGAGGAAUCGGGGAGGAGAGGGAGAUGGAGUGAUUGGGAGCGGGGGAGGGUGGGAAGAGGAAUGAGCCUGGGCGUGGAGACUGCAGGGAAUGAGAAGAUUCGCCUGCUGUAUCUCCAGCGAACCGCUUCGGCCAAUCAGGGGCGGCGAGCCUUGGACCACACAUCCCACGUGGCGCUAGUCAACCUCUUUUCCCGCCUGAAUUUCGACGUGCGGGCGGCAGAUCUCGGGCGGCUGGGCUUUAAGGAGCAGUAUGUGGCGGUGCGGAGUGCCGAUGUGAUUGUGGCCGUGCAUGGGGCAGCCCUGGCACCCACCUGUGCGUUCCUGAGGGGGGUUGCGCCUGUUAUGUCUGCGCGAGGUCAGGAGGACACCACGUUCCUGCACCCGAUCUCCACGUGGAAUGACGUUCCGAUUCGCCCUGCUGACUCAGCUUCGAACGACGCCAGCAGCUUCGCUUUCGAAGUGGCGGGCCUGAAUGGGUUUGUGGCGGGCGACAGCAUUGCUAUGACGUGCUGCUGCCGCCAAGGCGACAACGUUGAAACGGCUCUUCAUGCUGGAUCUGGCGAUACUUGUACGUCGUGCGAUAAGGCAUGCGACAAGACAGCCUGUGACAAGGCGACAUCCGCGACAUUGUGCGACGGGGUUUGCGACCAGCACGCGCCGUUGGAGGUGAUCGAAAUCGGGCGCGGGGAGGCUCGAGUGGGGCAGGUGUAUCCGGUGAAGCCGCUGCUCGAGUUCCUCGUCGUCAACCCCGAUCUCAAGUCCUCCUGGAAGAUCGUGGCCGUCAACUCAUCGGAUCCGAUGGCUGCGACGCUGCUGGAUUCGCGAAGUGGUUACCCGGUUUGGCUGGAGGCGAAGCUGCGCGAAAUCGUGGAGUGGCUGAAAUACUACAAGUGUAACACCGCGUUCGAUCCGCCCAUCGCGGGGCGUGAGAAGCCAGCGCCCUUGCAUCGCACCAUCGCCGCCAUCAGCGCCGCCCAUUCCGCCUGGACGCACUGCCACAGGCAUUGCUUCUGCAGCAGCAACAUUGGGAGGGGCGGUGUUGCACUGAAGGAUCUGAGGCAGCUCGCAGAGCAAACGGCCUCCGCUGCUCUCACCAACGCCAUCUGCGAAUUCGCCCGCGUCCCCCUCGCCCAACCUGCCUCCGUGCCUGCCGCCGUUGCUGAUGGUGCUGCUGUUGCCGAGCCUGUGGCCCAGCAGGCUCGGAAGCAGCGUCGGUUCGGAAGGUCAGGCUCGGAGCCGGGCCGAUUCGGCAUGCGAAAGAAGAAGAUUUCAAUUGUGAUUGAGGAGCAAGCGGAUGAAGAAAACUCUCCCUCCCCCAUACAUCGCUCCUCCUCUUCCCGCCAACGCGAGCCCCUCACCCCCUCCUCCUUGACUCGUUCCGCCUCUGCUUUCCUGCGCCAACCCCUCACGCCUUCUCGCUUGCCGCUUCCCCCGUUGCCGCCUCUCACCCCUCGCCGCCAACCACGCGCCUUCUCGCCCUUCUCACCCUCCUCGCACAAACAAGCAACUUCGAAGUCUAUUUUUUGCAAUCUUGAUGAGUCGGAUCAAGUGGUUGGUCAAGAGGAGUGUAAAGCGGUGGAUCAAGUGGCCAAGGCCAGCCAAGCAGCCGUGCAGAGAGGCAGUUUCGGCCGAUCACGCAGCAGCAUCAGCCUCAGUAUCAGUGAGACCAGCACCGACAUUGGUUCUUGCGGUACUGAGAAUCCAAAUGCUAUCUGCAGCAGCAGCAGCAGCAGCAGCAGCAGCAGCAGCAGCAGCAGCAGCAGCAGCAGCAGCAGCAGCAGCAGCAGCAGCAGCAGCAGCAGCAGCAGCAGCGUCAGCAUUAGCAGCAACAACAGCAACAGCAUUGGCAUCAGCAGCAGCGUCAGCAGCAGGGGCAGCCGGCACAUGACUCGAUCGGCUACCCUUCACGUCCUAAUCCCCCCUCCUCUCCCCGACGCUUCGCCCUCAACCCCUCCUCGAACAAUUUUCUCUUCUCCCAAUCCCGCUUACCCUUCCUUGAAACCUCCUCCUGGUAUGGCUUCUCCCUCGCUCUCUUCCCUGCCUUCUGCCGUGCCCUCUCCCAUGCCCGUUGAGAAAGGAGGGAGGUACGACCUCCGCCAGUCAAUGUCUGCUCAGAUUGAACGGGAGUCCCAAAAACCACCAGCCAGGGCUGGGAAGCUGGAAAAGUCUGACAAUUCAGGCGGGCUUGGCGCAGAUCUGCUGCCUGAUACCCCACAGGGAAAGCUGGGCGCGGGUUUGCUGCCUGCUAUACCCAAAGGGCGUGUCGGGCUGCCCAAGACGCCGCAGGCUGGGAAGCUGGAAAAGUCUGGCAAGUCGGGGGAGCUUGGCGCAGAUCUGCUGCCUGACGCUCCAUCUGGAAAGCUGGGCGCGGGUUUGCUGCCUGCUACACCCAAAGGGCGUGUCGGGCUGCCCAAGACGCCGCAGGCUGGGAAGCUGGAAAAGUCUGGCAAGUCGGGGGAGCUUGGCGCAGAUCUGCUGCCUGACGCUCCAUCUGGAAAGCUGGGCGCGGGUUUGCUGCUUGCUAUACCCAAAGGGCGUGUCGGGCUGCCCAAGACGCCGCAGGCUGGGAAGCUGGAAAAGUCUGGCAAGUCGGGGGAGCUUGGCGCAGAUCUGCUGCCUGACGCUCCAUCUGGAAAGCUGGGCGCGGGUUUGCUGCCUGCUACACCCAAAGGGCGUGUCGGGCUGCCCAAGACGCCGCAGGCUGGGAAGCUGGAAAAGUCUGGCAAGUCGGGGGAGCUUGGCGCAGAUCUGCUGCCUGACGCUCCAUCUGGAAAGCUGGGCGCGGGUUUGCUGCUUGCUAUACCCAAAGGGCGUGUCGGGCUGCCCAAGACGCCGCAGGCUGGGAAGCUGGAAAAGUCUGGCAAGUCGGGGGAGCUUGGCGCAGAUCUGCUGCCUGACGCUCCAUCUGGAAAGCUGGGCGCGGGUUUGCUGCCUGCUACACCCAAAGGGCGUGUCGGGCUGCCCAAGACGCCGCAGGCUGGGAAGCUGGAAAAGUCUGGCAAGUCGGGGGAGCUUGGCGCAGAUCUGCUGCCUGACGCUCCAUCUGGAAAGCUGGGCGCGGGUUUGCUGCCUGCUACACCCAAAGGGCGUGUCGGGCUGCCCAAGACGCCGCAGGCUGGGAAGCUGGAAAAGUCUGGCAAGUCGGGGGAGCUUGGCGCAGAUCUGCUGCCUGACGCUCCAUCUGGAAAGCUGGGCGCGGGUUUGCUGCCUGCUACACCCAAAGGGCGUGUCGGGCUGCCCAAGACGCCGCAGGCUGGGAAGCUAGAAGAGUCGGGAACCGCGCGCCCAGAUUUGCUGCCUGCUACUCCGAAAGGGCGU